AUGACAGGUUACACUCUAGAUCACAAGGCACAAAGUUUCACUUUCCUUGAGUGUUGCUACCUUGACUGGGGAGUACAGGUAGGCACGUCCUCUCGAUCCAAUGUGCCGAAUGAUCCUGACGUGUUCUUCAUCCUGGUGACGGGCAACACGGGGGACACUAACGCUGACGGCACCUUCGCCAUCAGAAAGCUUGCCAACAAUGACCCUUCGUGUCCCGCGGGAAGUCGAGGAGUUGUCAUCUAUCUCGCGGUGAGGAAUCUCGACUAUGAAACUAUCACGCAAUACAAGUUGAUUCUCCAAGUCGUGAACACCCAGAACGCGAGGGUGGACGAGCAGGUGUUGGUGGCCAUCGAGGAUGUGAACGACAUUCCUCCCCUGCUGCAGCCCUUCGACGGCGCCAUCACGGAGAACUCCCCGCCCAUCCUCAUCACCACCAUCAAGGCCAUAGACAAAGACGCCUCGCCUCAAUUUAGAAAUCUCGUGUACUCCUUCGACGAGGCUGACGUGAAUCCUGACGUGAAGACCAAGUUCAGCCUCUCGCCGAAUGGACAGCUGCGAACCCUCAUGCCGCUGGACAGAGAGGACAAGAACAAGUACAUGAUUCCCGUCCACGUAACUGACGGAGACCACAACCGCACCUCCAUGUACUGGAUCACGGUGCAGGACAUCAACGACGUGCCUCCGCAGUUUGACGAGAACCUAGGCGUGUACGAGGUGGAGGUGCCCGAGGACAAGGCUGUCGGGAAGAACACGGGCAUUGUCCUCAAGGUUAUCGAUCCGGAUGUUGUGAACCACAACGACUUCCAGAUCAUCACGGGCAACCAGCAGCGCAAGUUCAGCAUUGAUUCCACGACGGGCGAGGUGACGGUGGCCUCCAAACUGAAUUACGACGACCCAGUGCGGGAUAGAAAUUUCACGAUGUUGGUGCGGCUGAGUGACGGGGCUAACCAGAUGGCGGAGACGUACAUCACCAUCGUUGUCAUCAAUGUGAACGACUUGCAACCAGUAUUCGACAAGUCCUCCUACUCCUUCACCGUCACCGAGAACAUCCAGUCUAUGAUGGACCCCGACUUGCCCCCCGAUGUGGACCAAAACAUACAGUAUUACUUGGCGGGCAACGAGAGGAUCAACUUUACCAUUCACGCCACCACUGGGAAGCUCUCCAUUGUUGGGAGCUUUAUCGUGAACUUCAAAGCCUUGUCUGCCGCGCUGGAGGAGAAGCAAUGGAUGGGCGGACUCCCUGCUGGCGAGAAAAUGUGUCUGGACCGUGAGGCAGCAACCAGGGGCUCCAUGACCAUCUACCCGAGGGCCAAGGAUGACGGAGGGGAUGGUUUUGACGCCGACCCGCCCGCCGUCACCAUCAACAUCAUCGACGAGAACGACAACCAUCCCUUCAUCCAGAGUCCGGACAACAGCUACACCAGUUUCAUGGAAAACAUGGAGCCAAACACAGUGGACAGCGUGAUCAUCCAGCUGGCGGAUUGGGACACGGAGGAGCACGGCUGUCCCUGCACACUGGUCCUCGAUAGCUCCGCCUCAGCUGACAGCGACAAGUUCGUGGUGGAAGAGGUGGUGGGGGAAAACUCUCGCUUCUCCAUCAAGCCUCGCGUUGUACUGGACCGCGAGGCUCAGAAAGUGUACCAGUUGCCUUUCCGCACCACUGACCGGGAAGGAGUGAAUGGGAUCCGCUAUUUGACCGUAGAGGUGGGCGACAUGAACGACUCCCCGAUGACUGACGGAGAGAGCACCAUCCAAGUGUACAACUACCUGGGCCAGUUCCCUAAGAUGGUGAUCGGGACAGUAUACGUGACGGACCUUGACGAUUAUGACACGGCUGAUAAAGUGUUCGAGAUCGACCCGACAACAUCCUUGGAAGUCGACACGUGGUUCGAUGUUGACUAUAACUCCGGGGAGAUCACGAUGCUGAAGGACACGCCGAGCGGCACGUACCUCCUCAGUGUCAAGGUAGAGGACAAGUUCAGGAAUGAGGUGGCCAUCGGCUCGGUGACUAUUAAGGUGGUGGACUUGACGGAGGAGGCUCUGAUGCAGUCUGGAUCCUUCAAGGUAGAGGGGUACUCGUCCACAACACUUCUGCAGCAGCAAGACGUAAGUAGCUUUGUAUUCUUGUGGCCCUGCAGUGGGAGAGUGGUGUCUGGGAGAGUGGAAGGUACAUGGGAGAGUGGAUGGCACAUGGCAGACCAGAGUGUCCUUGAGAUAGUGGGGAGUUUCUGGGAGAGUGGAGGGUUUCUUGAACCACCCAUGAGUCGGUACCCAUACGGAAAGAACCCAGAGCUCGUACUUACCGACCUUCAGGCUGCUGUCACGGGCACGAGCCUCUAUGAAAAACUCAAGGUUGCCAUCGGGACCAUCCAUCAAAUCCCGCCCGAGAACGUGGACAUCUUCAGCCUGCGGGACGUUGGUAAUGACGUUGACGUUCGCUACAACUGCCACAAACCACGUUACCCUCACUUUACCUCCGCGACGCUCAACGGGCUCAUGCUCACCUUCUUGUCGAAGGUCAACACUAACCUCGGAGUGAAAAUAUCUAGAGUAAACCUGGAUCGUUGUCUGUAUGAGGAUGUCCCAGAAUAUCCGUGUGGCACCAUCAACGGUGGCAUCACCAGUUGCCAGCAGACUCUGAAGCCCAACAUGACAUCACCUCUGCUCGUGGCGGGUGAGACAGUUACGAUGGUUGGCGUCGAUAUCACGGACGAAUACGAUUGUAAUUGUGGAAUUCUGGAACCACUGCCAUCUGUGUGCUACGAUGGCUAUUGCCUCAACGGUGGAAAGUGCAUAGCAGACAAUGACACGCUAACCUGUGAGUGUCCCGUCCCGUCCAAAGAAGACUAUGGACCAAGGUGUGAGAUGCUGAGCGCUAGGUUCGAGAGAGGGUACGCCUGGUAUGAGCCGCCGAAAGUCUGUGAAAACUCGACAAUUUUCAUGUCUUUCCAAACAAAGGAAAAGAAUGGAAUACUCAUGUACUCUGGUCCCACGGUUACUCGCCCUUGGAUGACCUAUCCAAGAGACUUUGUCUAUGUUGUCCUCAACAACUGGAUGUUGGAAACUUACAUGGAACUCGGCACCGGGACUGUUAGUAUAUCCAUCCCUCUCGAGAAAAGCAUACAUCGUACCUUCGACUAUUACAUUUCUUGGAAUCAAUUAGGGAUCACCUUUGAGGUCAUCAAUUGCUCCGGCAAUUCCAGCGCGGGAGCCAAUACUCACUGCAAGAAGACUGUUCCCUUACUGGGUGGUGGAGAUGCGAGUCACCUCCUAAACCUGUUGGCACCUCUACAGCUGGGCGGAAUGGCGGCCAUGCCCAGUUUUCAACAGUUGGCAAAAUCUUACGAGUGGUCCAUGACACCGCCCAAUAUUGAUCCCUUCCUUGGCUGCGUCUUAGAGCUCCGCCACAAAGAUUAUCUUUACGACCUCAACUCAACGGACUAUGGCAAGAAUACAUACAAACCUUGCGACGCCCCCACCCAGGCGAAGGUCAUCAUGGGCAAGCAGUCAAUAGUGAUCAUCGUCGUCAGCUUGCUCUGCCUCAUCAUGUUGGUGCUUCUUAUCCUGUGUCUGGCGAGGCGCAACCAGAAGACCAUUUCAUACCCAGAGCUGGACGGUAUCGUGAAGGAAACCAUCGGCAGCACGGACAUCGAGGGCUUUGGCGAGAAGGAUAUGACGCAGUAUGACCUCAAGCUUCUACGGGUUGGUCCUGACGGCUACCUCUUUAACGACAGGGAUGGUAAGCGUCUGCCGGAUGUAGCCGACGACACCCUUCAGAAGCGCAAGGCUCCGAUAGCCUUGAUGCCCGAGGGACUCAGCAUCGGAGAUUUCAUAGACGAUAACAUCAAGAAGGUGGACAAAGAUCCUUCAGACUUCGACGACGUGCGGCAUUACUGCUACGAGGGAGACGCGAUGUCGAUAGCGUCUUUGUCUUCCAUUGGAUCGGGAGGGUCGACUGACAGCAAUGAGACAUUUGACUACAAGAAUGACUGGGGCCAUCGGUUCGAGAAGCUCAACGACAUCUACAAACGAGGCUCCGACGAGGAGGAUGACAGCGACUUCGAGUUCAACGUUCCCAAACAGAGGAAGCGCGUGUCUCUGCCUCCGCCCAUCAGCGAUACCAGCCCGGCCACAUCCCCUGUCGAUAAGCCAGUCACCACCUCACGGCCCACCGAGGAGCCCACUGUCACUUUCUCCGGGAGUGGCAGCGAGGGCGGUGAGAGGCCUGCACCAAGGGCCACCACUGAAGCCUUCAACCCAGUGUCCCCCUACGACGAAGUGGGGGGCGAGGAGUCGUGGUGCUAG